UCGAUGCGAUCGGCUCUGGGCCCUGCCGUGAGUUCUCGGUGCGGGCGACAGCGCUGCUGAACAUGGCGUCAGACGGGAUGAUUUUAACGAACCACGACCACCAAAUCCGGGUCGGAGUCUUGACAGUGAGUGACAGCUGUUUUCGAAACCUUGCAGAGGACCGCAGUGGCGUCAACCUCAAAGACCUCGUCCACGACCCCUCCCUGUUGGGGGGUAUGAUUGCGGCCUACAAGAUAGUACCAGAUGAAAUAGAUGAAAUUAAGGAGACAUUGGUGGAUUGGUGCGAUGAAAAGGAACUUAACCUCAUCUUAACCACCGGAGGCACCGGGUUCGCCCCAAGAGACGUCACACCAGAGGCCACUAAGGAAGUGAUAGAGCGCGAGGCUCCAGGGAUGUCUCUGGCAAUGCUGAUGGGAUCCUUAAACGUCACACCGCUAGGCAUGCUUUCCAGACCAGUGUGCGGUAUCCGAGGGAAGACGCUCAUCAUUAACUUACCAGGAAGCAAGAAAGGCUCCCAGGAGUGCUUCCAGUUCAUCCUGCCAGCGUUGCCGCACGCCAUCGACCUCCUUCGGGACGCAGUGGUCAAGGUAAAGGAGGCGGCAGACGAGCUGGAGGACCUGCCGUCGCCACCUCCGCCCCUCUCACCGCCGCCUAACAGUUCGCCACGUCGCCAGACAGAGGACAAGGGCGUGCAAUGUGAGGAGGAGGACGAGGAGAAGAAGGACAGCGGCGUGGCGUCCACUGAGGACAGCUCCUCCUCCCACAUCACCGCUGCAUCCAUUGCUGCCAAGAUCCCAGACUCCAUUAUCUCGCGGGGUGUGCAGGUGUUGCCAAGGGAUACAGCGUCUCUCAGUACCACGCCCUCGGAGUCACCCCGCGCCCAGGUCACCUCUCGGUUCUCUACAGCCUCCUGUCCCACACCCAAAGCGCGGCUCCCCUCCUGUUCAUCUACCCUAAGCAUUGCUGAGGCCUCACGAAGAGAAUUCAGGGCUCACCUGGAUGAGGUCAUCACGCUCAAGUCAAGGUACUCUACCUUGGACCAGCUCCAGUGUAGGUUGGAGGGGCUUAAAGAUGAUCGCAGGAGGACCUUCAGCUCUCGAGUGCAGUCACGAUGCAGCAGCAAAGAAAAUAUCCUAAGAUCAAGUCACAGUGCAGUGGACAUCACUAAGGUUGCCCGAAGGCACCGCAUGUCCCCCUUCCCCCUCACCUCCAUGGACAAGGCCUUCAUCACUGUGCUAGAGAUGACCGCUGUCCUGGGCACUGAGAUCAUCAACUACAGAGAUGGGAUGGGUCGAGUCCUCGCUCAGGACGUUUAUGCCAAAGACAACCUGCCACCCUUCCCUGCUUCUGUCAAGGAUGGUUAUGCUGUGAGAGCGGCCGACGGCCCAGGUGACCGCUUCAUCAUUGGAGAGUCCCAAGCUGGAGAGCAGCCUACCCACACAGUCAUGCCUGGCCAGGUGAUGAGGGUGACGACGGGUGCUCCCAUCCCCUGUGGAGCCGACGCUGUAGUCCAAGUGGAAGACACCGAACUGCUCCGUGAAUCUGAAGACGGAACAGAGGAGCUGGAGGUACGAAUCCUAGUACAGGCUCGUCCAGGGCAGGACAUCAGGCCUAUCGGGCAUGACAUUAAGCGCACCGAGUGUGUGUUGGCAAAGGGCACCCACAUGGGCCCCUCUGAAAUUGGUCUCCUGGCCACAGUCGGAGUCACGGAGGUGGAGGUUCAGAAAUUCCCCGUGGUGGCUGUAAUGUCCACAGGAAAUGAGCUGCUUAACCCAGAAGACGACCUCCAUCCUGGGAAGAUCAGGGACAGCAAUCGCUCCACCCUGCUGGCAACUAUACAGGAGCAUGGCUACCCCACUAUCAAUCUAGGCAUUGUGGGAGACAACCCCGAUGACCUUCUCAACGCUCUGAAUGAAGGCAUCAGCCGUGCUGAUGUCAUCAUCACCUCAGGAGGAGUGUCCAUGGGAGAGAAGGACUACCUUAAGCAAGUGCUGGAUAUUGAUCUUCAUGCUCAGAUCCAUUUUGGUCGUGUUUUCAUGAAACCAGGUCUCCCAACAACAUUUGCCACCCUGGACAUAGAUGGUGCUCGCAAACUUAUCUUUGCCCUCCCAGGUAGAAACCCCGUGUCCGCUGUUGUCACCUGUAACCUUUUUGUCAUCCCUGCCUUGAGGAAGAUGCAGGGCAUUUUGGACCCUAGACCCACCAUCAUCAAAGCGAGGGUAGGACCAACAUGGCAAGGAGGGCAUCGUGACCCUCUGACCAAGUCACACAAAGUCAAAGUUCAUCACAACUCGAAGAGCUGGUGGUCUCACAAAUUGUCUUGUGAUGUGAAGUUGGACCCUCGCCCUGAAUAUCACCGCUGCAUUCUGACAUGGCAUCACCAGGAGCCUCUGCCGUGGGCACAGAGCACAGGGAACCAGGUGAGCUGCAGGCUGAUGAGUAUGCGCAGUGCUAACGGGCUCCUGAUGCUACCUCCGAAAACAGAGCAAUACGUGGAGCUGCACAAGGGGGAGGUGGUUGACGUCAUGGUCAUCGGCCGGCUAUGAUGUCAUCAAAGAGGGACCGGGAGUUGGCAUCAUAUAGCGAGGGUUGGAAUGGGUGGUUCACGGUGCAUGUCCACAUAUCAUUGACUAUUCUGUAAUAUGCAACGGCACAGCUAGUUUUUAUUGAUUUGGAUAACGUUGAGGUAUAGUCAACAUCUUGAUCACAACCUAGAUACAUAUGAAAAAAUUAAUUUAAAAAGAUUAUAGUAUUUCAAACAAAGAAAAUAUAACUUUUAAUGAAAAAAUCUAAUUAUAAAAAGAGAUUUAUUCUGUAAUAUAUUAUUAUGAUUAUUCUUAUUAUUAUUAUCAUUAUUCUUCUUAUUAUCAUUAUUAUAUUAAGGCAACUUUGUUCCUUUCAUUGCAAUUGCUUUGUGUGUUCAAUGCUAGACCUUAUCUAUAGCAGUAGCAUUUUAAUAGACAGCUGUAGGUGCCUGCCAGGACAAAAAAAGAAAAUUAUUAUUUUCUCAUCUUUAGUGGAAAAAAAUAAUCUGUUUUUUGAAAAUGAAGAAAACACUGAGGAAGACUCCAGAUUUCCCAUGGUGCUCAGCUAAGAGGAAGAGGGGGCACAUCAAAGCCACUUCCUCUUUUGGGUGCCCAUCAAGGUGACACUUCUGUUUUUCUCUCAUUAGUAUGCAUCAUAAUGGCUUCACAAAGAGCUUUGCUUGUUGUUUAUCUUGUGAGUCUUGUUUAUGUGCGCAGUGCCAAAUGCCUGGGCAGGGAAGAGGUGAUGUUGGGAGGGGGGAGGUGGGGGGACGCACCCCAGUCUGCCCAGACCCUGAAGCUUCCUUAUAUUCACGGUGACCGGGUGUAAACUCUGCCCCGAAACCCCCAAAGGGGCAAGCUGAGCCUGGGAAAAUAAUCUUUUAUUUGAUCAAAUAUUUAAGAAAAAAGAAAGAAAAGAAACAGCUUCUUUAAGUGCUGACAGCCUUUUUAACCAACUUCACAAAAAAUGUACAGAAAAAAUAAGAACCAUAUUGUACAGAUAUAUGUGACCAGCACUCCUAAGGAAAUUAUUAAGCAAUGAGGAGACAUUGAACAACGCUGUACUAUAACAUUUUCUGUAAUGAUAUGAAACUGAUGAAAGAGACUAAGAUAAUAAAAAUCCUUGAUCAUUA